CAUGCAUUAUACAGAUGGCCUGUAUCCUGCCCUAUCGGGUUUCCACAUCUCGGAUCUCCUUUCAGUUCGGCGAUCGUUUACGGCCUCCAGCCGUUUUCUUAUGCACAUGGAAGGGCCGCGGGGACAUUAUUGACACUGCUUUACUAUAGGUGACGGAUUAUGGUUUAUAUCUGUAUUGUGUCGGGAUACAAUUGAUCUUACAUCAAAUUGUGCUUCAUACAAUGGACACGUGAUGUCAUGUUUUGUUAAGGAAUGCAAAUGAUCAAACAAUCCGCGGAUGUUAAUUAGUUAUAAAGUACAAAGUUCUAUUCGAAUACCCAGAUUCAACUGUGCGUGAUUCCUGGUUCAUAAACAUACGAAACGGAAAUGAAGUAUAGAAUGUUGAUUAUUUAUGUAUGAUAACUAUUUAACUUGUGUUAACGAUACUAUUUUAAACACAUAUUUCUGCUCGGGAAUAUAAAACAGAACAGAUUUUAUUUCAACUUAUGCAUAAAGCAUCUCGUUACAGUAUUCGUACAAAGAAAAGACAAAUGUCAUAAUAUGUGAUCAACGUGUAUUAAAGAGAAAUAGCACAAAUAACAGUUUGUGCGUAACUUUUUCUGAGACUCCCGGUAAUAAUAAAGAAGCGCUAAUUAACAUGUCUAUCGGCGAUCUGCUGCCCGUCAGCUUCUUCGAGGUGGCCUUUCUGGCCACAUGGCUACUACUUCCUGUGCUUGUGUGGCGCGCGGACGUGGAGGCGUACGUAUUUGGCUUGAUCGUCAUAUACAUGUGCAUCCGGACCAUUCGCCGAAGGAGACGGACAUUACUUCCGGUGACCGGAAAGGCCGUCCUCGUUUCCGGCUGCGAUUCUGGAUUUGGGCACAUGGUGGCAAAGAAACUAGACGACCUAGGUUACAAGGUGUUUGCGGGCUGUCUGUCUGUUGACGGCCCGGGAGCGGCAACCCUGAAGGAGAGCAGUUCUGCCAACUUUCACAUCGUACAUCUUGACGUCACCAGUGACAUCAGCGUAAGGGAGGUCGGCCAGUACGUCCGUGAUAACAUUGGAGACGCAAAACUAUGGGCGCUAGUUAACAACGCCGGCGUUUACGGUCACGGUGACGUGGAGCUCUGUUCGUUGGAGACGUAUCAACGUCUAACAGACGUCAACCUGUUCGGGAUGAUCCGCGUCACUCAGGAGCUGCUCCCUCUAUUGCGACAGUCCCAAGGUCGAGUGGUUACAAUGUCGAGCAUAAACGGUCGGUUCCCGUGGCCCAGUACUUCCGCUUAUAACGCCACCAAGUAUGGUCUGGAGUGUGUGUCUGACUGUCUUCGCCUAGAGAUGACCAAGUUCGGGGUGCGCGUCGCCCUCGUCGAACCCGCCAUGUUUGGAGGCAGCACAGACAUACACAGUCCACAGAACGUCGACCGACAUUACAAGGCAAUUGACACCCAGUUGGAAGGUAGCAGACCGGAAGUGAAGGAGACUUACACCAGGGAGUACAUGCGCACCCAGAUAGACACAAUCAUCCAUUUGAAGAAGCGGCUGAACGCGAAGUCACCGGACGCUGUUAUUGACGCGGUCGUGGACGCCGUGAGCAGCUCGGAGCCGCAGUACAGAUACGUCGUCCACGGCGGACCGUUCCAAAUCGAUCCACUGGCGGUGUUCGGUCAGAUUUACCCGUACUUGCCCGAGUGGCUGUCAGACUGGAUGAUUUGCCGCGCCACUGGCCAUAACUCCCUGCAGAUGCUGGGAGGUGACGCGUUCGGGCAUCCGGGACCGGAGAGCGUUGGGCAGAAACAGGAGUAGAUACUUGGUGAAUAGAGGCCCUAUACACCCAUUCCUACAGAUAACGAGGUCGACUGGGGGUACAUGUGCCCUAUACGCCUGUAAGGGCCGCGGUUUGUGACACAAGGACAACGCGAAGUUGAUGAGAGCACGAGCAGAAUUGCGGAAUUCAGAUGGCAAUCAAGGUUCUGUGGAGAAUAUUACUGUAUAAACAAAGUGAACAUUGCGCCGACUGAUUCUCUCUCUUAUGCAAUAAAAACAGAGAGGAUGUGUUUUGCUUCCGAAUCAGUGCAUGAAAAACUCAGCCGACAAACUUGAUCUACUUUCUGUUUUAUUUCCUUUUAUCUUUAAUCAAAAAGAAUAAGAUCAAUGUGUUGUUGUUGUUUUUAUUUAAACCUUAUAACGGUUAUACAUUGGUAAAAUAUAGUUCUAAAUAAAACUGCGAAAAAUAAA